UUGCCCCAAGAUGGCGGACUCGAUUGGCGUGAGACGGGAACAGCUCGGAAAGUGUAAAAUUCGGGAUAAGUGUGAUUUAAUGUGUUAAACUUGGCUCACAAAGCCCUCCAAAGAACAUCCUAGUCGUCAUACAUCACUGAUUACAAACGAUAACGAUUAUAAUCGAACGUCACGUGAAUUUUGGAUAGCGAAAGGUGACUUGCACGAACGAAAUGAAUGUUGCUGGAUCCAUGUAUUUUCCUGAUGAAUUGAGAAUACCAAGUGCUUGUACUCUUGUUGAUUAUCAACCAACUACGCAUAAACCAAGUCUUCGUUUUUGAAAUUUAAUUGUUUUUUUCUACAUUCACCGGAACGCACUCAUCAGUCAGCCCGUUUUUCCCUCAAACGAUUUCUCUUGAUUUCGAGGAAAAUAAAUCAAAGGUUCUUCCCACCUGAACGACUGGAUUUGGAGAUUAUUUAACAAUUUUGUCAAAGAAAUGGCAACAAUGGCUGGUGGAGAGUACACGUCCGUCAAAGACUUCUACAGAGGAAGAUCAAUUUUCAUAACUGGUGGAACUGGCUUUAUGGGUAAAGUCUUGGUCGAGAAACUGCUGAGAUCUUGUCCAGGAAUUAAAAAUAUUUAUUUGUUAAUGAGACCGAAGAAGAGCCAAAAUGUUACGGAGAGGUUACAGGAGCUACUCAAUGCACCGCUUUUCGAUAAACUACGUCGCGACAGUCCUCACGAAUUAACAAAAAUUGUACCCAUUGCCGGUGAUGUAACAGAGCCAGAAUUAGGAAUAUCUGAGCCGGACCAGGAGACCCUCACGAGACACGUGUCAGUGGUUUUUCAUUCAGCAGCUACAGUCAAGUUUGAUGAAGCUCUCAAGCUGUCUGUCACCAUUAACAUGCUGGGAAGCGAGAGACUGGUACAUCUCUGCCAUCGUAUGGUCAACUUGGAGGCUCUGAUCCACGUGUCAACAGCUUACUGCAAUUGUGACCGUACAGACGUAUCCGAAUCAAUUUAUCCACCGCCUCAGGAUCCCGAGCAAGUGAUAGCCUGCACAAGGUGGAUGAAUGACAAACUUAUCGAGGAAUUGACCCCAAAAUUAAUCGACGGUCGGCCCAAUACAUAUACAUUUACAAAGGCCCUUGCCGAAACAAUGUUGCAAGGUGAAAGUGGUACAUUACCAGUUGCCAUUGUCAGGCCGUCAAUCGUUCUGUCAUCAUUGCGCGAGCCAGUUGCUGGUUGGGUUGACAAUUUAAAUGGUCCAACUGGAAUAAUAGCAGCCGCUGGUAAAGGUGUAUUCAGAACAAUGCUGUGUCAUGAGAACAAAGUUGCUGAUUUUGUUCCAGUCGAUAUUGUCAUUAAUCUCAUGAUAUGUGCAGCAUGGAAAACAGCAACUCAUCGUACUGAUACUAUAACUGUUUACAAUUGCUGUACUGGCCAACAAAAUCCAAUAACAUGGAAACAAUUUAUCGAAUUGUCGUUUAAAUACAGUCGAAUACAUCCGGCUAAUAAUGCUGUGUGGUAUCCGGGUGGUAGAUGCCAAAAAUACUCGUUAAUGAACAAAUUAUCUGGUACAUUUCAGCACAUAUUGCCAGCGCACAUACUCGAUUUUAUUGCUAGAUUGAGGGGCUCGAGGCCCAUGAUGCUGCGUGUGCAAGCUAAAUUAAGUAAAGCAGCAAGUUGUCUCGAGUAUUUUACAACACAACAGUGGAAUUUUAGGGAUGACAAUGUUAGGAGACUUGGAGAACAGUUGAGCCCUGAGGAUCGUCAGAUAUUCAUGUUUGACGUCAAACAGAUUGACUGGCCAUCGUAUUUAGAGAAUUAUAUACUUGGAAUACGACACUUCAUUCUCAAAGAGAGCCCGGAUACACUGCCAGCAGCUCGUUCACAUAUUAUGAAAUUAUACUGGAUUCAAAAGGCAAUUCAGGUUGGAACGAUUCUGAUUGUCCUACGUGUACUACUCUCCCGCAGUUCCCUAGCAAGAUCAGCGUGGUUUACACUCCUGUCAAUCGUACUCCGUAUGUGUCGUAUGAUUGUUUGACGGCUCAAUGCCAGUUACCCACUGAGAUAUCAUCAUCACGAUAAUAAAAUCGCCGGUAAUGCAAAAACUCAGCCAAUGUGCAUAAUGGAGCUUGUUUUACAAGUGCGAAUUGUUCAGCGAUAUCCACAGCUCAGCCACUCCCGACAAAUAAUUCGCUUUUAUUCGCUCCAAUACGUUUGGCUUUUUCAAUGUUUUUAAUUGAACAGAUUUUUGGGAACUAUUGAAAUUUCAUUAACACAUAGUUACGCCGAUUAACGCAUAAAGUUUGUCGGCAACCGAAUUCAUUGGAUUUAUUUUUCUUUGAUAAAUUCUUGACUGUCGUUAGUGGAGAUAAAUACAAUGGAAUUGCUAAAGUCACUUUGCUUCUUCCAAUUAGUUUCAGUUGUCGCUGAUGAAAUACCCAAUGGCUCAUUUAUUUUGAAUUUAUUGUCUGCAACAGUGAGUCUGGAUUCAUUUUUAUAGUCAAUUUGUGAUAUAAUUCGUAAUGCUGAUGAGGCAGGUCUAGGAAUUACAGUGUUGAAGAGGUAAAAAUGAUUAAUUCGGUGACCGACAUCAACUUUAUUCCAUCUUGUUACCCCUUGUAAGAUACCUAGAUUGACAUUUCUCGAUCCAACUUGAUGGGUAUUCGAUACUUUUGCUUCAUUACGUACGAAAAUAUUGCAUUGAAAACAUUGGAAAAUUUUGGUUGAUUUCUGGUGAACUUUAUACAUAUUUUUGGAAGAUUCAACAGGAAGGUGACAAUAGGUGCUGCUUAUCUGUGCGUUUUUUCAAUAGAUAUGUGCAAUGGUGAAUAUUUGAUAGAAAAAAAAGAAGGGAAUUUGAUUUUUCUAUGAAUUUUUUCUUCUUACAAAUUUUCGAAGUAUUUUGUUUAGUUUUUUUUGAAUGAAAGGAAACCGAAAAUCGAGUAAAAAUUCAGAAAAUCGUUACAAGUGAUGCCAAUAGGAAGAAUAAAUAGAAUUCAAUUGUUCUACAGAUUAUUUUGGCUUAGGUUGAAAAUGUUUGGAGUUUUCAUUGAAAAUAAAUGGAAAAAUAGAAAAAAUCAUGUCAGUGGAAAAAUUGCGAUAGAUAACAUGUUAUAAAUAAUACAUUUUUUAUAUAAAAAAGCGUACAGUAAAGCUAUGGAAUUCUUCAGUAGAAUCACCUAAAAACAUCGAACAGAAGUUCAAUAGAAAUCUGAUAGUAUUUUCCGUAGAAUCCGCUAUGGUUUUCAGUGAAAUUAUUUAGUAUGUGAAUCUCCGUUCCUCAUUUUACUUCCACUUUUUCGUUCCUGGCACUUUGCUAUUCAUGCAGCAGUAUGAAUAAAUAAGUGCAUUUACUCGGUGAAUUAAUUUACAUUUUAAGACAAAAGUAAAAAAUAUAUCCUACCAAGUUUCGAGUACUGCCACUGCUCUGUCAGAUGUUAGUCCGUAGAUGAUAAAACAGAGCAUAUACACGAAUGAGAAAUGAAAUACCAAAAUUCAGACUUAAAAUACUGAAAAAGUAAUAGGCAUUUUUUUAUAAAAAAAAAUACAGAAAAAAAUAAUGACUCCGAUGUCUCUAUGUAUCUUGCGCACUUUUAUUGUCACAUUUGUCGACGUAUUACCGAAUUUUGAAGGCAUUGGCAACCUAGUUAUUUCGUAAAAAAAAUGAAUAAAGAAGAAAAAAAUAUAUUGUCCGAUUUUACUAGAAGAGAAGACAAGGGUACAUUAAUGAAUGGAGAAUGUUGUUUUGAAAAUGAUAAACUUUCAAAUGUGAGAUGAACUAUAAUCCUUACCAACAUUAAUGAGUAAUUAAGGAAAAUGAGAUAAGAAAAAAUGAAAUUGUAGGUUUAGUUAGAUGAAAAAAAAUUGUAAAUACGAAGUUGUUGCUGCUAAAAGUGGGUAAUGGAGCAGUGUUAUGUAUGAUAUAGCUAUUAAUUUGAACUAUCGUAAGUUGAUCCAACAAAUUUGAGAGAACAGAAAAAAAUAAUCACGUUUUAAGAAAAUUAAUAGGUUAACUCAAGACUUUUCAACCAAUUUCAAUGGUUUUUUUGCCUGUACUACUGUUGAUUCAGUUGAUUUUUAUUCUUCUCUAGAAGAUUGCGGGUGUGAAAUCUCUCAGAAAGAAAAUUAUAAAGUUCUUUUCCAAGAUUUUUCCCGAAAACGAUGUUUCUAAUUAUAAAAAAAAUAUCCAUUGAAAUUACUCAAAAAACCAAUUUAAUUUUUCAAUAGAAAGUCAACAGCAUUUGUAUUGUAACUACGGAAAUUCUAUUGUGAAAACAAAAUUAAUUUGUUUUUUUUUUGUAAAUCUUUUCAAUCCCGAUAUAUUCUGGAGAGGUGAACUUCCGAUCUUUCUCUAUAUUUUUAUGUUUCGUGGAAAAAGAAAAACGCAACUACAGAUUUUUCCUGUAGAUUAAAAAAAUUUCAACUAGAAUUUCCAUACAACUCAUGAAAUUUUUUAUCGAAAAAGCUGGAUUUUUCUAUGCAAUUAUCUUCACGAGUAAUUGAAAAAUAACUAAUUACGUCGCCAAUUGAUUCGCCCAUUAAUGAAUUGAAGGAGCAACGGAUAGUGUAAAAGCCACUGCAGUUAUAAUUUCCAAACACCCAAUUUCUGUGUUAUACCGAUGAAGCUUUACAAUUUUAUUGUAACCAUCCAAAUAGAGAAGUAAUUUAUUUAUCCCGCAGCCUCUCAUCACUGAAGCCACUAUUCAUAAAUAAUGAUAACAAUAAUCGUGCAUUGCGAGAUAAAGAAAAAAAAACCAAGCCUGGAGAAUCUCGAUCAAUUGUUUUUAUUCUGAUUGAUUACCAGAUUAAUUUAUUCUGUCUUUGGAUACAUCUAGGAUAAUUAAUUUAAUUUUACCAUUUACCAGUGUCCAUUGGCCUGGACUGAUGGAAUUAAUCAAUGAGGAAUGAACGAAACGGUGUGCAAUUGAUAGGAAGCAUUGAUGUUUUUAAUUUUGCAAUCGAUGAUGUCUUUGAAACCGGCCGUGCUAUGAAUAGUCAAUAUUUGUAUGUAUUUGUGAAUUUUCGUGUCCACCUGUUGCCUGUGCCUUUAAGAUAUCUCAAAUGCUGAUGAUUUUUAAUAAUCGGAUGUAAAAUUCAAUUGAUUUAUUUGUUCGUUGUAUCGGUACGAGUGGGCUUCCCUCAAAGUAAAAAAAAUAAUUAAAAAAAAACACUUAAACUACUACAUGGAAAAUUAUGGAGAAGAUUCAAUGAUUCAGUCGUUCAUCGCUGCCAAGGAACAAGGAAUAAUAUGAAACUACUCAAAGGAAAAUAACUGAAUAGAGCUGAAUAGACAACGUUUUAAUGAAAUUCUUGAACCAUGCAUAACACAAUUGAAUGAUUUAGCCUGAGAAAUAAAUGAGAUAGAGAGGUCGAGGGGGGGGGGGUGAUUUUUAUUUAGAGUGAGUAAUAAAAUUUAAUGAAAAAAAAAAAUGAGGUAGCACUGUGAAGGCAACCAUCAGCUAGUCUCGUUUGUAACGUAAUUCGGUCACGAUGCAUACCACAAGAUAAUGUUUAAAUAUUAUUAAUUUCAUGAAUAUUAUACUGUACGAUGAUUAUAGAAAUACAUUGAGAAAGAAAAAAUUAUGGAAAAUUA